AUGGAAUCCGAUGCGAUAUCAGCCCUUUCAUCGCUGUACGAAUCAGUUGACGACAUUGACUUGUUCCCAGGACUUGUCAGUGAACGGCCUCUGAAGGGAGCACUGCUAGUCCACAAUGUCCUGCAUCUGCACAUUUCGCCACUGAAAAUGCGAUCGAUGUUCUCGAACGAUGGUGUGGCCAAAUUAGCCCAGCGAGAUUCGGAAAAUCCGUCUAUCGUCGAUCUUCUGCGCAACAGUCGAUAUCUGAGAACGAUUCAACCGAACGUCUUCGACGUGCCGGACGAUCUCAUAGCAUUGCGAAAUGAACGGCCGAACGAUACAAAUGGGUACAUCAAUGCAUGUCACGCCAUGUGUGACGUGCACCUGCACACACGAUGGGGUGGCAUGCCAUCCAGCGACAGUGGACAGCUGUGUGAAACUGUCACAUAA